AUGUCCAAUUUCGAGCCUAAUGCCGUCAUCCGCGGUUUCCAGCUCACAGUCGUCGGAACUGUUCGAGCUCUGCGAAAUCCGGAGCUCUUCAAGUAUGACCAUUUUCGGCAGGCCGCUCUAGCAAUAGCUGUUGGAGUAAUCAUUCACCUGAUUAUCCAAAUUCCGAUCAUCGGUGUCAAGCUUCUCGUCUGGAUUGCAUCAUGGUUCUCCGAUCUAGAUCGUAGCUCAUGGGAUGAGUCCAUCAUGAAUGGCCUGAAUUUCCUCAACAAUUCCGUCCUUCAGGUACCAUUCUUACUCAUGACUUUAAUGCGAUACGUUACGCCAACUUUGGAUGAGAUCUUUAUGGAGUCUUUGAAAUGGGUUGACUCUACCUACGUUCAGAAGCACAAGGCUGACGACCCAAAAACCCUUCGUGCUAUGUACUACCCGCACCUGGCGAUGUACUCAACCAAAGGAGCUACUGGUGUCUCAAAGCCGAUUCCGGAGGCAAUCAUUUUGUUUCUACGGCGAUAUGGGCGCAAGUUCGGGGCGCUCCUAGGACUCUACAUGAUCUCGCUUCUUCCUGUUGUGGGAAGAUUCGUCAUGCCUGCAGCCUCCUUUUAUACAUUCCAAAGCAGCGUGGGAACGACUCCUGCAGCGGUAAUCUUCGGAACAGGUCUGGUUCUCCCAAAGAGAUUCAUUGUCAGGUUCUUGCACACGUACUUUGCAUCUCGCAGUCUAAUGCGUGAACUGCUUGAGCCCUACUUUUGCCGGAUCCACUUCACACCAGAACAGAAACGCCGCUGGUUUAUGGACCGUCAAGGUGUUCUGUUCGGUUUCGCCUUCGCCUUCACUGUGGUCCUCAAGGCACCCUACAUCGGAGUGCUGAUGUACGGCGUUGCACAAGCAUCGACUGCAUACUUGAUCACAAAGUUCACAGAUCCCCCGCCCAGUCCCGCCGAAAGUGAAGGUUUCGCCGAGAGCCAAGUCACCUGGAAGAACAAGCACGACUUCCUGCGGCUGUCAUUGGAUAACCUGGACAAACUGAAUCUCCCUUUGCAGAAUGAGGGGGAAGUGCAGGAGGCAAAAAUACCCCAAAGUCCGGGACGGAAGUUCUCUUGA